ACCGAGCAACGGUCACACUAGCCCGUUUGGACUGUCAUUUAAAUAAAUUUCCCCAAAAAACGCAACGUAAUGGACGAGAGCUGGUGGCUAGCCCAGCUCAAGGCACUGGAAUCGAAGGCCCAGCGCCUGGAGACCCUGAACGGCCUGAAUACCGCAAUCAACAAGUCGGCGCCAUCCAAACAAAUCGCCCGCCGCGUGCUGGCCGCUCCCGAGUUGUACGAAUGUGCGGAAAUCGGAGGAUCAGACCCGGCAGCGCCCAAGGAUGGUAUGGUCUCUGCGACACUGGAGCUACUGGACCGUUGCCUGCACCUAAUGGCACCGGAGACGGGCGACGUGGAGCUGCCACGGCUGCUGAAUCGCGGUCUCACCCACACGAAUCCGGCCGUGCGCUCGCUGGUGCUGAACCUGCUGCACCGGGAGCUGCUCCGCCAGGUGCACUCGGGUCAGAUUCAACAGCUGCCCAACAAUGAGCUCCUAUUCCUGGUCCUCGACGAGCUGAAGCAAACGGAGACGGAGGCCAGUGCUGUGGCCAUUCAAAUCCUCUCGAUUGUGCUGAUCCAGCGAUUGAAUGAUCCUGGUGUCCAGGCCAAGUUGGUGCAGCUGCUGCAGCAAAACGAGAUUGUACGUUGCCGAGCCUACGAACUGGCCGUCAAUCUGUCCAAGUCGAGUGCCUCCUCGCUGAGCUACGUUGAGUUUAUAUUGGACGCAGCGCUCAGCGAGCUGGACAAUGAUGAUGUCCUGCUGCAGGCCAGCGUCAUGGAGAUUCUAGUGCCACUGGCCGAGCAGAAUCAUGGCCUGUCGUAUAUGGAACGUCGCCGGGUAUUCGAUGUGAUAAGCAAUCGGGUGCAGCGACUGGAGGAGAAUCCCCUGGACGCGCUACUCGUGCCGAGCAUUAUGAAAUUCUUUGGCAAAAUUGCUGCCGUGCAGCCGCAAAAGAUCAUCGUUGGUUAUUCCCAUAUGUUGGUCUGUCUGUUCGAGCAGCUGCAGUCGGAGGAUGAGACUAUAUUGCCCACGGCUUUGGACACUUUGCCCAAUUUGGCUGGAACGCCGCAGGGUAAAAUGCUGUUGCAUCUUAACUUCCAGCCGGCCAUGGAGCGAACGAUGAUCAAGUAUGGUGGGUAUACCAAGAAGCUAUCGGCUCCGAUUAAAGUGAGGCUGCUCAACUCGCUGGAUGUGAUUUAUGCCAUGGAAACGAUGCCACCCACCAAGGAGAUUGACAAUGUCCUCAGGGGCUGGUAUGAGGCUUUUGCCGGCGGUUUGCAGACCAACUACAUCAUGGAUUUGAUCAAUACACCCUUUCCUGACCUCCAGUUGGCCGCCUUGGCCUUGCUAAAGACCUUGUGUAAAUAUCGCUGGGGUGUGGAGGCUCUUAGGAAUACUGGCGGCGCUGUGGAAUUCCUACUUUCACGUCAAAAGGAUCUACACAAGGAUGUCAAGUUUUUGAAAUGGGAAAUUCUAGAGUUGUUGUCGGUUAGCCCGGAGUUUACACCCACCGAAACAGUGCGCUUUACGGCCUAUGUCAAUGAGGGACCAUAUCACAUCCAGGCGGAUCUCAAUAUAGCCACCGAGCCGCAGGGCAGUGCCUAGAGAAGGAGUAGCGGGAACUUACGGGAUGCCAAGCAUUCCAAACUAACAUCUGAAUAUGUAUUUAUAAUUUAGAAAUUACAAUAAAAUUUUAACUAUUUA